UUCCUGUAUAACGUUGAAAACUUUCCGUGUGGAAACAACGCCGAUGAAUAAUCGUUCCGCUCUUUCUCUGGUCGCCCCCACUCUUCAUUCUUGCCACCUUUUGCUCUCCUCCCACCUUGUCUGUGUUCCUCAGGCUGGUGAUGUGUGCCAUGGAUGGGCCGGAGCCUGAGUGGCCGCUGCUCAGAUGAAAGUGUUUGCGUGCUGGGUGCUCACCUAUGUGGUCUGCCUGGCCGCGGUGAGGAAGAUGUGGAGCAGCCGGUACAUGAGGAGUAACCUGAGUAGAUCCCUGUACAUGAACAUGCUGAGCCACAGCCAGUCCCCCCCGUACUGGGAGGGGGGCCACCAGUGGUACUUAUGUGACCCUGAGAAGAUCAGCGAAGCCCUACGACCAAUGUUUUUUCAGAGUUAUCUAGAUGAAGGGACCCAAACAUUCCUUGACAGGAGUAUUGAGAAGUCCGGCUGGCUCUCUAUCCAGUUGUAUCAUUCCUUCAUGUCUUCUGUCUUCAGCAUGUUUAUGUCCAGAACCUCCAUCAAUGGGUUGCUGGGUAGGGGGUCUAUGUUCGUUUUUUCCCCAGAACAAUUCCAGAGACUUCUUAAAAUUGGCCCAGACUGGAAAUCCCAGAGAUUGCUGGACUUGGGAGCAGGGGACGGUGAAGUGACAAAAGUUAUGAGCCCACACUUUGAGGAAAUCUACGUGACAGAGAUGUCCCAGACUAUGAUAUGGCAACUUCACAAGAAAAAGUACAGAGUGCUAAAUAUCGAUGAAUGGCAGAGGACAGGAUUCCAGUACGACAUAAUCAGCUGUUUAAACCUCCUUGACCGAUGCCACCAGCCUGUCACUUUAUUGAAGGAAAUGAGAAGUGUCCUUGAACCAACUCGAGGCCGUGUUAUAUUGGCCCUAGUCCUGCCUUUCCACCCUUAUGUAGAAAAUGGGAUAUAUAAUGCAGAAACUGAUCAGACGGGUAAAGAGCUCUUAAAGGGUGGGAAGUGGGAGAAGCCAGCCGAGAUCAUGCAGGUUAAUGGAACCAUGUGGGAAGAGCAAGUGAACAGCCUGGCUGAUGUAUUUGAGGAAGCUGGAUUCGCUGUGGAGACCUUUACCCGACUUCCAUAUUUAUGUGAAGGAGACAUGUACAAUGACUAUUAUGUUCUGGAUGAUGCUGUCUUUGUUCUUCGGCCUGUGUAGACUUAACAGCUGGGGAAUGAGAAGGCCCUCAAAGUUCCUACUGAGCCAAAAUGCUAAAAAAAAUGACUUUUGUAGGAAAGAAAGAACUAAUUCAAGGACAGCUUUUUACUGUAUGUGCAACAGAACCAUGCGUGUAAUGCAUAUAUAUAAGUGUUGUAUGUGUGUGUGUUUCUGUAUUUACAGAAUUUCGGACAGGAAACCUUUUUUAACCAAAUCAACCGUGCUACCUUUUCAACAAAAUGUGAACACAUUUUUAUGUGACUGGGAUAUUGUGUGCUGAUGAAAAAAAAUGUGCCAUAAAAUGUUCGUUAAAGGGUUACUAAUCUAAAACACCACCUGACUUACAAAAAUAAUACAAAGAAGAACCUCUGAGCUACUACCAUUAACUUGUGAUGGACUCCCUGGGACACCCUCUUGUCCAACAUCAUAGAGAAUGUGUACCUGCCGAUCACUUACACACGUUGGUACAUCAUGUUAAAUGCCUACAGUCCAAGCCAUCCUUCAGACUCAUUUAAGCCAUGGCCAGAGAAACUUUCCAGUGUGUAACUUGGAGACGAUUGAAGCCAUUGAAUCAUCAUGAAAGCCAAGCAGCUGGCAUUUUCAGGAGGUCAGCACAGGUUUCCUUUCAAAAAGGACAUGGAUAGAAAUAUACUGUAACAAACAUGGAAUUGCUGACUUUGCAGGUUUCCAGGCUGUUAUCCUUAUCCUUACCUUACGAAUCGCUGAAAGGAAACAAGUAUCCAGGACAGGUAUCCAAGCCUUGGCUUCAGUCUUAUUUAGGCAAAAUUAUUAUUCUUUUUUUUUUUGCCAGGGAUAGAGUGGAUAACUGUUUCAAAGUAUUUUAAUGCUGUCUGUACCCAUCUGAGGACAUUCACCCUCUCUGGUGACCAAUGCUACAUGGACAACAAAUCUGUCCUGGUGACAUCUGUUUAGGCAGGAAGUUCUCUCUCUUCCUGUUUUAGUUAUAACCAUAAAGUUUUGGAUUUAGUGGUGAAACCAGGAAAAACCUAACCUUUCAGUUGUGAUGAUGUAUUGCAAGACAUGAGUGACAGAGUGCAGGAUUGCUAUGCUACCACAUUACAUGCGGCCUGUUCAAUCUGAGUUUCUCUUGGUGCAGUUUUCUUUUUAUGUGUUGGCUUGCUUUUUCCGCCAUGGUUCUUAUAUAUUUCAUAUUCCUAUCUCACACAUUAUAUUAACACACUGUUUGAUAAAACCCUAAAUCAUAGUUGUGAUGUUUUUUACAUUUUUUAUUUAUUCAUCAUGUUCUACUUAUUCAUUAUCUUUUAUAGAGACCAUCAAUUAUGAAAUGAUAUCUACAUCCCUAUUUUACACUUAAAACUCAAAUAUAUUUGCUUGUGCAUGGGGGCUUCAGACUCAAGGGAGUAUAUUUGGGUUUUCUUUUUUCUGUUCAUGAUUUUCAAAUCUAAUUGUUGUUUUGAUAAUGUAAAAAGCCUAUACAUGUUAUUUCCUUUAAUAUUCUGUGAGGCUACAGAUAAUCUCUUGUUACAUUAGCCAUUUUAGGACAGGGAGUGUCUUGCUACACUGUCUUCCUAUGCCUCAUAUUUAUUGAAGAAUUACUCCACUUUUGUGGGACAAACCAAUAGUAUAGCGUUAUACAAUUGCUACGCAAGUCAUAUUUGUAAUCGAAUUCUAUUAAAAAUUACCUUUCCUUUUUAAUCUGCAGUGUUGUCAUUUUCUGUAAAUUGCAAUGCAAUUUGGCAACCUGGAGGCAUUCUAUACACAGAUGGUUUUUGAACCACACAUACACUUAUGUGAUUGGCUUACUGAUAUUCCCCAACGUCUGCACCGAGAUACAAAUUUGAUUUUGGGCCUCCCCUGCAAUAAAGAUGUCAUUUUUGGUAAGAUACUCCCACAAGGAAAUCAAAUCUAAAGGCAUAUACAUCCUACAGCUUUUCUCAUUUGAACCCUGCAAGUGCAUUGGCUGAUUGAUAGUUAUGAAAUCACUCCUAUUCACAUUCUGUUUGCACAUGGACACAGACAAACGGCUAUUUCUUCAGCAUAACAAAAGAUAAGAAUCUGCAACAAAAUUUGUUAAAAUCCUUGCAAUGUACAUCGAUCAUCCAGAGGGGAAUUUUUUAUUUUUCAACAAAAGUGGAGUUACUCUUUAAGCAUGUGUCCUUUAUAAUACAAACCCCAAUUCAGUUUACUUCAGAUUAAGCCUAAUUUGGUGCUAUUACACAUCUGUAAUUCCUAUACCUAGGUGGGAAAUAAAUAUCUUAGUGGCAUUCAAUGAGCCUCCACUGGUUCUUGUAAUUUUUGGCCUGAAUAUGGCAUAUACAUUAUCUAAAAAAAAGAUAUGGCCAUUAGUACCUAAACCUGCUGUUCAUCCCUGCACCAUCACAUUCAAUCACUGCACAUCUAGCACUCUGAAAAUCAGGAUUUGCAUAAUUUCCAUUGACGUCUGUUUAUACCUUUUCUGAACGUGCUGGGAUUCUAGGCUACCCUAGGUGUCCCUAAGUGUUUACUCAACAGGAUAUCAGUGGUUUGUCAGCAGUUUUAUCUCAUGUGCUGUAUAUCUUCUUCAGCUCUGAUAACUUGCUGGAAUGAUUGUCUGGAAAUGGUAUCCAUAGCGGUCAUGAAUAAGUUGCAUUUUAGGUUCAUUGGCUUUUUAAAAAGAAAAAAUCAACUAUUGCAAUAAACGGUCAACAUGAGAACAACUGUGAAUUGUCCAACUGUUCGUUGUGAUCAAGCUUGAUUGCCAGUGAAAAGCAUGUCUUUUAACAUUGACAAUAAAGAGUCCUAAGUCUGGAA